UAAAGGGCGCCCGUGCCGCCGGGUCUGGGAGCCGGCAGAGGCUGCCCCGAGCAGAGCAGCGGGAAGCAAGGCAGCAGCAGGAGGAAGAGGAGGAGGAGGAGGAGGAUGCCGGCGCUCAGCGCGUUGCCUUUCCUGAAGCCCGUUCACCUGAGGUCGCCCCGCAGGUCGCCCGGGGGCCAGCGCCGGCACACGCUGCCAGCCAGCGAGUUCCGCUGCCUCAGCCCCGAGGACGCCGUGAGCGUGUUCGAGAUCGAGCGGGAAGCCUUUAUAUCCGUCUCUGGGGACUGUCCCCUCCACCUGGAUGAGAUCCGCCACUUUCUGAACCUGUGCCCAGAGCUGUCCCUCGGCUGGUUUGAGGAAGGGCGGCUCGUGGCAUUCAUCAUUGGCUCCCUCUGGGAUCAGGAGAGGCUCAGCCAGGCAGCGCUGACCCUGCACAGGGCGCAGGGCACGGCCGUGCACAUCCACGUGCUGGCCGUGCACCGCACCUUCCGGCAGCAGGGCAAGGGCUCCAUCCUGAUGUGGCGGUACCUGCAGUACCUGCGGUGCCUGCCCUUCGCCCGCCGGGCCCUGCUCAUGUGCGAAGAUUUCCUCGUGCCCUUCUACCAGAAGUGCGGGUUCGAGGCGCUGGGUCCCUGCGAGGUGACGGUGGGGGACCUGGCCUUCAUCGAGAUGCAGCAUUCGGUGCGGGGACACGCCUUCGUGCGCAGGAACAGCGGCUGCUGAGCCCCCUCCGCUCCGUCCCGGCUUGGGAGAGAGGCUGGGGUGGGAUAAGAGGCUGCAAUCCCUCUCCAUCCCCACCACAUCCAUCUUCCCCGGCUGGCCCUGGCUACAGCUACUCCCUCUGCCGCAUCUGCC